AUGAUAACUGCAUUGUCAUGGGUACCAAAAGGGGCAGCAAAAGCCUUGCCCGAUCAUGCUAAACUUCCUUCUAAGGAGGAAAUCGAAAAGCUCAAAGAGAGUUGUGAAUUUUACAGUGAAGAUGAAGAAGAGGACGAAGAGACCGAUGAUGAAGAAGAGAAUAGUGAAGUUGCUCAUGCAAAAGCCGUAGCGGAAGAGUUUGGAAAAUCUUUCAAAACCAAGAAUGCUAAUUCUUCAAUGGAGGUUGAUGGUGAGGUAGCUGAUGGUUUGAAAGAACUCGACAUGGAUAAUUACGAUGAAGAGGAUGAUGGAAUUGAAAUUUUUAGCUCCGGACGUGGGGGUCUUUAUUACGCAAGUAAUAAGAUGGAUCCAUACCUCAAGAACAAUGAUGAUGGUGGUGAUGACUCGGAUGAUGAUUCAACAAUCUUACCAACCGAUUCACCAAUUGUUUGUGCUAGGACCAACAAUAAUCUUGAUAUUUAUCUAUGCGAGGAGACAUCUAUUGGCCCUCCAAACGUAUAUAGUCAUCAUGAAAUAAUGAUACCAAAAAUGCCAUUGUGUACUGCUUGGCUUGAUUGUCCACUUAAAGGAGUAGAAAAAGGGAAUUUUCUAGCUGUUGGUUCGUAUAAAACGUCCAAGAUAGAGAUAUGGGAUCUUGACAUUAGGGAGGAGGUACUCCCUUGUGUACAACUUGGAGGAAAAAAGGAGAAAGGGAAAUACAAAGAAGGCAGCCAUACUAGAUCAGUUCUUGGUCUUGCUUGGAAUAAGGAGUUUAGGAAUAUGCUUGCUAGCGCCAGUGCCGACAAACAAGUUAAAGUUUGGGAUGUUGCUACUAGAACAUGCCAGAUUACUAUGGCGCAUCAUACAUAUAAGGUUCAAGCGGUUGCUUGGAACCAUUAUGCUCCGGAAGUACUUCUUAGUGGGUCGUUUGAUCGCACUGUUGUAUUGAAAGAUGUAAGAAAGCCUUCACACUCGGGUUUCAAAUGGUCAGUCAAUUCAAAAGUUGAAAGCUUAGCCUGGGAUCCACAUAGCGAACACUCCUUUGUGGUAAGUCUCAAAAAUGGAACUGUGAAUGGCUUUGAUGUUCGUCAAGCCUCAAGUUCAACUUCUGAUUUAAAUCCAAGUUUCAUUCUCCAACAUGGAACUAGAGCAGUCACUUCCGUCUCAUACAACAUUUCUGCACCUAAUCUUUUGGCAACUGGAUCUACGGAUAAAUCGGUAAAGCUAUGGGAUCUUUCCAACAAUGAGCCUUCAUGCAUUGCUACACACACACCCAAUGUUGGAGGCUUAUUUUACAUUGCUUUCUCUCCGGACAAUCCUUUCGUACUCGCUAUGGGUGGCGUAAAGGGGAAGUUAAAAGUUUGGGAUACACUUUCGGACGCUAAUGUCUCCAACAGAUACGGAACCAGACCUGUCCGACCGUGA